AUGGGAGCGAGAGUAGGGGAGAGAGAGCAAGUGGGUAGAGAGACAGAGAGUGAGUGGGGAAAGAGUGUAAGUGGGGAGAGUGGAGUGGGUGAGGAGAGUAUGAAUGAGGAGGGAAGAGAGAGAGAGAGACGGGCAGUUUGUAAAGCAUUUGAAUCUGAUUUGGUUUCUAUAGAGUCAAACGACGAGAAUCUAUUGAUCGAUGGCUACUUACAAACUAAACAUCCACACGAUAAUGACAAAGUAGCAGCGGACUACUGGAUCGGUGGAAAUGACAUCGAGUCUGAGGGUAACUUUAAAUGGAUAGGAUCGGAGCAGCCGUUUACUUUCACUUACUGGAUGUCUGGUCAACCUGAUCCGGCGGAGCAGGAUUGUGUUGAGAUCCGGGGAGUAAGCAACUUUCGCUGGCAUGACGAAACAUGCACCCAUCAGCACCGCUUUAUUUGCGAGAAACCGUAA